ACAGUGUCGGUUCCGAGAGUUGUGGAAUUGUUGGGGUUUAAGCCUCCUUAAGACCAGAGAGAUCCAUCCACUUUCCUGAACCCAGCCGGGCAGAAACAGAAGAACCCGAAAAUGGAAACCUUGUUAAAAAUUUUGGUGCUUUUCUUGUGAUGGGAUGAAAUAGAGGAAUUAGUGUAGAAUUUAUUCUGUAGUGUAAAAAUGAAGGGAGUGGGAGAUGGAAAAAGAAUCUGUGAAGAAUUCUCAAAUGGGUAUUAUGGGGUAUGUGCAGUUGGUGGAAUGCUCAGUGCUGGAACUACCCAUGUUGCCAUCACCCCUCUUGAUGUCCUCAAAGUCAAUAUGCAGGUGUAUCCUAUUAAGUACCAAAGCAUUUCAACAUCUUUCACCACUCUACUAAGGGAGCAAGGCCCUUCAGCAUUUUGGAGAGGCUGGGCUGGGAAAUUCUUUGGUUAUGGUAUGCAAGGUGCUUGCAGAUUUGGCCUGUAUGAAUACUUCAACAAGGUUUACUCAAAUGUUCUGGUGGAUCAGAACAAGGGCUUGAUCUUUUUGCUCAGCAGCAUGUCUGCUGAAGUAAUUGCAAAUGUGGCUCUCUGCCCUUUUGAGGCCAUUAAAGUUCGGGUCCAAGCACAGCCUCAUUAUGCGAAGGGUUUGGCAGAUGGUUUUCCAAAGCUGUACAUGUCAGAAGGACUUCGUGGCUUAUUCAGAGGACUUAUUCCACUGUGGGGUCGUAAUCUACCAUUCUCAGUGGUCAUGUUUUCGACAUUUGAGCAUUCGGUGGACUUUUUGUAUCGAAAAGUAAUGCAAAUGAAAAAGGAAGAUUGUACGAAAGCUCAACAGCUCGGAGUAACGUGCUUGGCUGGAUAUGCUGCUGGAUCUGUUGGUAGCAUUGUUUCCAAUCCUGCUGACAACAUUGUUGCCUCUCUUAACAACAAGAAAGCCAAUAGCCUUAAGCAGGCUGUGAAGAGAAUUGGGUUUGUUAAUCUAUUUACAAGAAGUCUUCCAAUUAGGAUUAUGCUGGUUGGGCCUGUUGUGACUUUGCAAUGGUUUUUCUAUGACACCAUUAAAGUGUUGAAUGGAUUGCCAACAAGUGGACAUGUUAGAACAGAAGAAAGGAACACAGCAAAAACACAUUUGAAUGCUCCAGCUGAAUAGUGGUGUACAUUUUGUUUACCGGAUUAUAUACUGAUCUAGUUAGCACAGUUCUCAAUUGUUUUGGUAUGCUGCCUGCUCUUUUGUUGCCAGGGGUUACUAUCCUCGAGCCCUGUGCAAGCAAAACAUCUUUUGUUGAGAUCCAUGCUUCCAAUUGCUCAUAACUUUCUUACAGCCCAUGUAUAUUCUGAGACAAAACUGUUGGCAUAUUCUAUUGUAGUUGAUGAACUGAUACUGGAAAUGGAAAAUUUGACAACAGCUGAAGCGGAUAUGAAGACUGUUGACAUGCUCUGGGUUUUAGUUUCAGGUGGCUGACUCGUUUGUAACUUGCAUUUCAAUGUUUUCAUAUUUAAAUAUGCAGUUUUACCUUGUUCCAUACCUAAAUCUGGAGAUAGAUAUCAACUGUUACAAUUGAUCAAUCUCCAGCUAUUUUAUGAGUUCUUCUAUCACUCUAUUAUUGCA